AAAGCACAACUAUAGUUAAAUGAAAUAUGGAUCUGGCCCAAUUAAGAAUUUUAUUUAAAAGAAUCCACCGAACCAAGAGUUGUAAUAACGAUUGCAAUUGGAAUGAAUUCCUACCUAAAUAAUUUAACUGUAGGGCAAGAUGCAAAGCACAACUUUAGUUAAAUAAAAUAUGGAUCUUGGCCCGCUAGGGUAUUCUUCAAAUAGAAACCCCAAGUCAAUAGGUUCCGUACCUGAGGGUAGUUGACUUGUUAGAAAUAGUAGGAGAGUAUUUAAUAAAGACCUAUUAGAUACUUAAUUCAUGAUAAUAACUAUCUUCGCAAAAUUCUAUAGAUGGCAAACAACAACACAAACAACCUCGCCCUGCGUUCCAUUCUGGAUAAAGAUAAAUUGAACGGAACAAACUUUGUUGACUGGCAACGCAAUCUCUGCAUUGUUCUCCGCAUGGAUGAGAAAGAGUAUGUGCUCGAAAAGCCCAUUCCUCCUGCCCCUCUCGCUAACACCCCGAAAGCGGUCAAAGAUGCCUACGAGAAACACGUUAAGGAUGACAACCAGGUUAGCUGUGUCAUGCUGGCUACCAUGAUACCCGAGCUGCAAAAACAGCACGAGGACAUGAAGGCCCACGAGAUGAUCGUUGCCUUGCGGCAGCUAUACCAGGGGCAAUCCAGGCAUGAAUGUUUUCUCGUGAGUAAGGCUCUCUUUAGUUGCAAGCUCUCUUCAGGGAACCCGGUCGGUCCGCACGUUCUCAAAAUGAUUGGUUACAUAACCAAUCUGGGGAAACUCGGGUUCUCCUUGCAGAAGGAGUUGGCAACGGACCUGAUCCUGUAUAAGGGUUUUGUCAUGAACUACAUGAUGCAUGAUCUUGACAAACCCCUUCCGGAGCUUCUUAAAAUGCUCCAGACUGCAGAGGAGAACCUUACUAAGGGCAAGGGUGCUUCCGUCCUUAUGGUCCAAGGCGGAAAGGGGAAGCCAAAGAAAGGGAUUAAGAUUAAGGCUAGGACGGUCGGAAAGCCUAAAUCGAAGUCCACUUCAUCUGCAACCCAGAAACCCAUAGGAGGAGUUGCAAAGGGCAAAUGUCAUCACUGUGGUAAGGCAGGCCACUGGAGAAGAAACUGCAAGACAUACCUCGCAACCAAGAAGAAGGAAGGUACGACCAUUUAUUCUGAGGUGUAUGUUAUAGAAGUUAACAUGUCUAUAUCUUCAUCAUGGGUACUAGAUAUUGGAUGUGGGUCUCAUAUCUGUACUACCAUGCAGGGACUGAAGCAGAGUAGACGGUUAGCUCGAGGCGAGAUUGAGCUCCGAGUCGGCAAUGGUGCACCUGUUGCAGCAUUGGCAAUCGGAACUUAUAGUUUAGUCUUGCCUAGUGGUCUAAUGUUGGAAUUAAACGAUUGCUUGUACGUUCCUGCAAUUAGCAGAAACAUUAUUUCUGUUUCAUGUCUUGAUAAGAGUGGUUUCAUCAUUUCUAUUAAAGACAAGUCCCUUUCCGUUUACAGAAAGAAUGUUUUCUAUGCUAAUGCCAACAUGACCAAUGGGUUAUAUGUCCUUGACUUGGACAUGCCUGUCUAUAACAUAUCAGCCAAGAGGAACAAACCGAACGAAUCAUUCUGGGGGUAUGCGCUGAGCACUGCAAUAUAUACUCUUAACCGAGUUCCAACUAAGGCGGUUGAAGGAACACCAUACCAGUUAUGGACGGGCAAAUGCCCGAUUCUGUCACACUUAAAGAUUUGGGGCUGUGAGGCUUAUGUCAAACGUCUUAUGACGAAUGGCAAGCUUGACGCCAAGUCUGAUAAGUGUUUCUUCGUGGGAUACCCAAACGAAACUCGAGGGUAUUCAUUCUAUCACCCUAUCGAUAAGAAAGUAUUCGUUGCUCACAAUGGUGUCUUCCUCGAGAAGGAAUUUCUCUCCAACGCAACUAGUGGGAGAAAGAUAGAGCUCGAAGAAAUUCGAGACGACAAAGAAACUACCGCGCCGGUUCUGGAACAUGAGCUAGAGGAACAAACCGUUGAUGAGCCGGAGACCUACCUCGAGGCAAUCAGUUGUCCCGAGGCUGAGGAAUGGCGUCAAGCCAUGCAGUCCGAAAUGGAUGUUAGAAUAAAGGCCCAACGCUAGAGGGGGGGUGAAUAGCGUUUAAAAACAAAUUCGCAGGAAAUUAAAACGAGAGCGUUAAAGUAAAGAGCGUAAGGAAGG